AUGCGCCCAUCAUCAUUCCCUAACGCAGCGCUGGCCGCGACCCUACCAAUCGUUGCCUCUGCCCAGGGGAGCUAUACUCUUAAAGACGAUCUCACAUACAACAAUUUCUUCCAGAACUUCGACUUCUUUUCCGGCAGCGAUCCCACGAACGGAUUUGUCCAGUAUCAGACCAAGGAUGCCGCGACCCAAAAUCAGCUCGUCGGCUAUUUCGAAGACACGCAGAGUGUAUUCCUUGGCGUCGACUAUAAGAACAAGGACCCGAAAGGACGGGCCUCCGUCCGCGUCGAGAGCACAAAGACCUGGAAUCAAGGCCUCCUCAUCGCAGACAUCCGUCAUAUGCCUGACUCUACCUGUGGCACGUGGCCGGCCUACUGGCUCCUCGGCCAACAAACGGUCGGCACAGAUGACUGGCCUAAGGGCGGCGAAAUCGAUCUCCUCGAGGGCGUGAAUCUCGACUCUGCCGCCGCAGUCACACUGCACACGUCCGCCGGAUGUGCCGUCGACAACGCUACUUCUAGCAUCCAAAGCCGAGCCGAGUCUGCCUUCAUGGGCAGCAUGUCUACGUCCAAUUGCGACGUCGCCGCCGAGGACCAAGACAAGAACGUAGGCUGCAGCAUCCAGGCACCGAAACUUACCGCGCAGAACAAUUUGGCGACGUACGGCACGGACUUCAACAACGCUGGGGGAGGCGUGUAUGCUAUGGAGUGGACGGACUCAUCGAUCUCGGUCUGGUUUCUUCCACGCAACAGCACGACCUUUGCGUCUGCGUCCUCGAAUGCUACACAGACGCUCGACCCGUCCACCUUUGGUACGCCGCUGGCGAAGUUCCAGGGCCAGGGGUGUGACUUCCAGGAGCGCUUCAAGAACAUGCGGAUCAUCUUCGAUACGACCUUCUGUGGUGAUUGGGCAGGCAAGACGUGGGAAGAGUCCACGUGUGCUGCUAAGACAGGCGCGGCAACGUGCGAGGAGUACGUGCAAAACAACCCUGAGGCGUUCGCCGACGCGUACUGGGAGAUUGCGGGCCUCAAGUGGUUUGAGAAGUCAAGUGCUUCCGGCAGCCCAUCGACACUGUCCGUGCCUGCGGCUUCACCUAGCUCGGUAUCGUCUUCCGUUCCCGUGGCUUUCCCUAGCUCUUUGGCACCUCCUCCCAGCUCAGUGUCUUCUCCUAGCUUUGUCACUUCUAUCGUCCCAGUGUCCUCCUCGGUCGUGCUCUCCUCUCUGAACCCGGCACUCAACCCAGUAUCCUCCGCUAUCGAUCCCGCACCCUUAAACACAGCCGCUGCUCCCGCAGCUUCUUCCGCAGCGCCAGCACCCAGCAAUGGCACUGGAUCUGGCUCUGGCGGUGGCUCCAGUCCCAAUAUGCAGGGUUUCAUAUGGCCAACCGCACAUGUUGGUGGCAGCCCUGUAGCCUCUAGCCCAGCCGCUUCUUCUGACGUAGCAGCUUCGUCAAGCCCAGGUGCAUCCAUUCCAGCAGCUUCUCCCUCAAGCCCAUCACUUUCCGAUCCUGCAGUUUCCUCUUCAAGCCUAGCAGCUUCUCCCGACCCAACAGCCUCUCCUAGCUCGGCUGCCGCCGACUCGACAGCUUCUUCCAUCCCGGCAGCUUCUUCCACACUACUCAAUGCUCCAACCCAAGCUGCCAACCCAGUCGCAUCCUCUAUCGCCGCCUCUCCGGUCGAUGCUGCGCCAUCAAACGCAGCCCUGAGUACUGCAACUGCUCCCUCUGCCGCCCCGACUGGUCUUAGUCCACCUGCUGCCGGCCUACCUGCUGCCAGUCAACCCGCUGUCAGUCAACCUGCUAGCCAACCUGCCGCCAGUGAGCCUGCUGCCACUCCCUUACCCGCGACUUCUUCUGCGUCUAUACCUUCAACCACCUCAUCUUCCGCCGCCCCGCUGUCCACCUCUAGCUCUGGGUCCAACUCCAGCUCCGGAACCGAUGGUUCUAGCCCUAACAUGAAAGGUUUCAUCUGGCCCACAAAGCAUCUUGGGAAGCGAGCGGCUGCAGUGGGAGGUGUGAAGCGACUGGGCCGAACUUCCCGCUGGUAG